AUGCGCAUGCUCUCGGAAGAGGAAGCCAACGAGAUCGAGGUGACGUGGGAGGACCAACAGUCUAUCAAUGCUUUCUCGCGUCUGAAUUCUUCGCUCUCGGACAUUCUCCAUACACUUUCGCUUGUUCGAGAGCAACGCGAAUCGCUCGACGACCUCUCGCUCGAGCUCGAACUGGCCGACGAAGACGAAUGUGUGCUGUACAAGAUUGCGGAUACGUUUGUCUCGUUACCGCAUCCCAUCGCCAUGGACCGGUUGGAGUCGGAAAAGUCACAGGCAGAUACAGAGAUCUCAAAGAUGCAGGAGCAGAUAGACAGUUACGAGCAAGAGAUGAAAGCUCUCAAGGUCAAGCUGUACGCCAAGUUUGGUGAUAACAUCAACCUCGAAAGAGACUAG